AUGUCCUCUUUAGCGACUAGAAGAAACUCUCCAUGCCAAGUUGAGAAGAUCUCCCGCCCAGUCAGAGGGUGUGCCAAGAAACCAGGAGAGCAAGCUGAAGAAGCCGAUGAGAAGGUCGAAAGAAAAACAAAAUAUUCAGCAGAAUAUUCUGUACCAAAAGAGACCAAGAAGAAGGACGAGCUCAACUGCCACAAGCUUGCUCCGAGAAAGGACCUCAAAACGUUCAAUCUGAUGAAUCAGAUUGAACUUGGAAAAUUCCAGGAGAAGGCUCUCGACAGAACGGCGAUAGUGAAACGAAUCGCCGGGAGAGCGGUGGACUGCUUGGUCGUCUCGACCACGGUCGCUUUUCAAUGGGCCUAUGCUAUCUUCGCCCUUCAAGUGAGAAUGAAGUCACUCCCAGGCGACAAGGUCUUUUUUCGGAUGCCGACCGAUAAAGAACUCAUGAACGGCCCAGUUCGUCUCGCCAGGAAACGCAUUGAGAACUGGACCUGUCGCUAUAUGGGACGGAUGGAAUACUGCGAAAAAUUCGCGAAACGCAGUAUGGAAAAUGCGUUUGCAAAUUCCACAUUGAUACAACGGAUGAACGCGGAAAAAAAAAUCGAAGAGAUCAUCAAGGCCGGCCUUCGUUCACAGACUCUUGUUGCGGGAAAUUCUCGGAUUCUUGUCCAAAUAAAUGAUGACGCCCGGAUGUUUGUCGAUAGUGGGAUCGAGAACGCGUUCAAAACAAUGUCCAAUGAAAUGUUCUAUGAACAUAUCGAAAAAAAUGUUGUGGAUGAAGAUGAUAGAGUUUUGGUCGACGCCCACCGCAAGUUGGAUCGAUUCUCACAAGCAUUUGACUGCAACUGCCGCAAUAGCUGUACUAUCGAUUGUCCGUGUGCAACUAUGGACAGAGCCUUCUACAUGGGAACAAUCCAUGACCCAGAGUCCUCCCGUCACUACGGAUGCAGCGAAUUUUGCAACUGCAAAGGACAGUGCAAAAAAGCCUUUCCGAAGCCACCAGCAAAUUCCACUGAAAUCGUCUUACACCACCAGACAGCGAAAGGCUUUGCGCUCGUCGCGAAACAAUUUUUCGCCCCAGGUGAGCCAGUGGCAGAGAUGAGAGGAGAGUAUUGCCGCACCAAUACUGCUCCUGAUCUCGAUAAUUAUAUUAUUGACAUCACAGUGAAGGACAUCAAUAAUAUUUAUAAGGCCUAUUUCAACGACAACCGCCAGUCACCUAAAGAAGUGAAGGCACUCAGUCCGGACUACGAAAAAGCUCUCCAGGCCGUUACGAAGACUGGCAUCAGUCUGAAUCCAAAAAAUAAAAGCUCUAACGGCAGAUUCGCGUCGUCCUCCUGCCUCGGGAAUACAAAAGUGAAUUUGGUCCAUGAGCGUGGAGUGAGCCCCACCAACGCUCGGGUCAUUUUCACCGCCACGAUGCCAAUAUUCCCGACGCAGGAGGUCACAUGGUUCUACAGCGAUCAGUAUAUAUGGGAACAGUUUCGCAAAGUCUGUCUGUGCGGAGAACUAUGCUGCGUCAAGAACAAGAAACUGUUCCCAUUUAUCACUGAUGCCCAGCUGUUGAAAUUUUACAAAAACAUUUAUGAAGCUCAACUGCGCGAGUUCCUGAAUAACAUCGAGAACCAACAAGCCAAUUGA